AUUGCUCAGGUGGAGCAGCAGCUCCGGGAAGAUCUGACUUUGCUGCGCGGCGAGCAUCGGACCUUGACCCUUAGCAGUGCCGAACAUGCUGCUAGGAUACAAAGCCUACAAGCUGAGAAUCUGAUGUUACAACAACGGAGACAAGAUCUGGAGAAACAGAUCCACCAACUCCGGGAAGAGAAUGAAUCCAUUCAGGCUCUGGUGGACGUCCUGCAUGAUAACCUUCUCCGUCUUCGCAAAGAAAGUCACGAGAAAGAGUUGCGACUGCAGCAGGUGGAAGCGGAAGCGGAGGAGCUUCGAGCCUCCAACCGUCGUUUGCAGCAUCAAGUCAGGGAGAUGAAAGAAGAGAUCCGGCUGCAUGACUUGGACACCUCCGUCGCUUCCAUCCAGUCUGAAAUUGAAAGUAGUUUGGAAGAUGCUCCUGGGGCACCUGGACAGACCCCUAAGCUGAUGGCCAAUGGCACUCGCAAGGCAGGUUCUGCCCUUGUGGUUGUAAAGAAUUCAUCUCAGAGAUCAGAAGAGGAGGAAGCUGAAUAUGCUAAAAUGGUUUCAGCCUUGAAUCAUCAGGAGCAAGAUAUACUGAAGCAGAAGGAAUCAGAGAUCACAAAACUCCACGAUCAGAUUACACUGCAAUACGUGGAACUCUGUCAUUUAAAGUCUGAAAUAGAGAACCAGAAGCUUUUAUAUCAACAAAGCAACCGGGAUGAGGCCUUGAAAUUAGCUGUAGCAGAGAGGGAUGAAGCUAUACUAAAGAAAGGUGAAGUGCAACUUGAAAUGGCAAAAGUCUCUUUGGAACGGGAUUCAUUGAGCCAGCAGUUACUGCGUGUCAUUCGGCAGAAGAUGGCACUUUCCCAGGAGCUGGAAGCUUGGCAAGAUGAUAUUCAGUAUAUCAUACACCAGCAGCUACUCCAGAAGCAUCAGGAAGAGACACCUCCUGUCACCUCGCCACCUAGAACCCCAACGCAAGGCAAGAACCCUCCUUUAUUUCGACGUGGCACCAGCGCUACCAGUGGCAGCGGCUUCUUCUCUCUUUUCCGGAAAAGUUGAGGGGACUGCAGCCCUUCAGCACCAGUUGGCCAGUCUGUAUUCUAAGAUUGCUUAGUCAAAGGCAUGAUUCAGCUUUUUCUAGAGUAUCCGCCAGACAACAUCAGUAGCUGCAACACCAAUGUCAUUCAAACUGAUCAGUGCAUCAAUGUUUUGGCUGAAUGAUCCUGAAUCCUAGAUACAAAUCCUUAUCUCCUUUGUGAAACUAAAAGCUCUGAACUGGGAAGAACAACUGCUUCCCCCAGUAGUGAAGGGGAAAUAUUUUUUACACUGAAUUCUUAGAAGCUGGAAACAAGUAUGGUAAAUUAUCCAUCUUGGAGAAGAGCAAUGCCUUACUACUUGAUUAAUAUGUACGUUCCUGGGCUGCACUUUGAAUUGUGUUAUGUACAGUACUUUAAUUCUCCACAUAGCCCUGGCAAGCUUUUUGGCAGUGCUCCUUGCCUUAAAGAAUGAACACCAGUGAAUUUUGCUAGUAUUGCAGACUUGAGUGGGAGGCAGUGAAUAAAGCAAGAGAUUAUGAGUAUAUGGCUCCCAUUAUGAAAGUCACUGGUGAAAUCUAGAGAUAUGUGUGUGUCCCAUGGCUGUGGCUCCUAGAGGUUUCUGGAGGGUAUGAUUCAUGGCUUCUUCUCCUGGCUGUUGGGGUGGGGUGGGGAGAUGGAAUCAUGAGGUUGAAACUAUGUUAAAUGAUCCUAGGAUAUAGUGUGAUACAGUGGAUAGAAUGAACGAUGGGCUAGGAUUCAAGAGGCCUGAGUUUGAAUCACUGCUUAGCCAUAGAAACUCUUGAGGGAAGAUGCAACCACCCCUAAAAUACCUUACUUAUCUUGGAAACCCUAGCAGGGUUGCUGUAAGGCAAUUCCAACUUGACAGCACAUAAUACAGGGGACGUUUGCAUGCCAUAGGCCGCAGUUCCUAUACCCCUAUUUGACAAUCUAUUCUAGGUUGUCGAAAUACAGAGAGCCUCCAUUUGAGGGCAGAAGCACUUAUGAUGAUGAAAAGACAGCAGAUGGUGCCUUGUAACUUUCCCCCUCAAGACUUACACACCAGCAUGGACAGAAUAACCUCUCUUCAGUAGGUGGCAGUAUUACUAUGUACCCUCAGUGCAUUAGGGUAAUCAUUUUCACUUGGUUUUCUUUCUAUUCUUUAACAAACCUAUUUUGGGCAAUGUGUACUUGCUUUUUAAAAAAUCUAUACAUGUUUAUGCAAACAAGGCAUGGUCAUGACUUUGUCACAUGAGCACCAGCAAGGGGUACUGAUGUUCUUUCUCAGGUCUCCUGUUUGUUCCUUAUUGCAUAAACAUAAAACACUUACACCUAAAUGAGUCUUAUGGUAUUUCGUAAGUAAUUUCUUAGCUGCUUAAGAAACCGAGACCUUAAAAAAACCCAAAUUGCACAUCAAAUAAUAUAAAGGACGAACCCAAAUAGAGAUGUAUUUAUUUAUGCAGAUGAAAAUGUAUAUUGUUACAGAGUAUUUUUGUUGUAUGUUUGUUACUACAGACUUUAUAAUUUUCUCUUUAUUAAAUAAAGUAUGGUUCUUACA